CUGAGCAAGGACAGGGUCACACAUGUUCUCACACACACACGGAGCAGGGACGGGGUCACACAUGCCUCCACACUCCCCUGGAUGCCUGACCUUCCACCCUGGCACGUGCUGCUCCCUGUGCCUCAGUUUCCCCAGCUCAGCCUCCCUGUCCCCAGAACACAUUGCCCCAAAAGACACUGCCAUUGCCAGCAUCCCCAUGUCCCAGCCAUGACCCACAGACCACAGGCAGCAUCUGCCCCCACUCCUGGGGGCUACCAUGGGCCAGGAGGCACACACCAACCCUGCCUCAGUUUCCAGCCCCCACGCAGCCCUGUGGCCACCCUGCCCUGCCGGUGCUGAGGCUGUACACAACUCAUGACACAACUGACCCACUCUGCUCCUCCCAUCCCUGACCCGACCGGACCCUCCACGACCAGGGGUGCCGGGCAGAGGCUGGUGGCCAGUGGUGGGUGGCGGGUGACCUGGGCCGAGGUGGCCGCUGGCAGCGCUGCCGGGGAGUAUUUCUGGAGCGGUUGUGCUCUUUCCAAUCAUGUGAUGAGGACAUUAUUUAAGGCGGCUGCGAGGCCGGCAGGCAGCUGCGAGCUGGGCGGUGCAGUGCCACGCUCAGAGCCGGCUGGACCCCUGGGCCCCCCCAUCCGCGCGUGUGGCUGUGUGUCCCCCCCGCACCCCCUCGCCAUGGUUGACGCCUUCGUGGGCACCUGGAAGCUGGUGGAUACGGCCAAUUUCGAUGAGUACAUGAAGGCACUGGGUGUGGGCUUCGCCACCCGGCAGAUGGCCGGCCUCACCAAACCCACCACCAUCAUUGAGGUGGAUGGCGACAAGAUCACGGUGAAGACCCAAAGCACCUUCAAGAGCACGGAGAUCAGCUUCAAGCUGGGCGAGGAGUUUGACGAGACCACAGCAGAUGACAGGCAUGUCAAGUCUGUGGUCAAGCUGGAUGGAGGCAAACUCAUCCACGUGCAGAAGUGGGACGGGAAGGAGACAUCGCUGGUCCGGGAGCUGAAGGAUGGUAAAUUAAUUCUGACUCUCACCAUGGGCAACGUCGUCUCCACCCGCACCUACGAGAAGGCGACAUAGAUGCCAUCUCCAGCUCCCUGCACAUCACCUGCUGCCCCCUGCAUUGCCUCCAUCCUUGCCCCGUGCCGGGCAUGGCUUGCUGUGCUCUCAGAGCCCACUGCAGCCACUGGGGCUGCCUGCUGCCCCUGGCCCCAUCACCUCAGACUUGGGGCUUGGGUGGUGGUUUCAAGGUUUGGUUUGGUUUUUUUAUUAAUAAUGGGAAAAACCCACUAAUAAAGGCCAUGUUGUUACA